ACAUUCUGAAACCACAGCUUCAAGAAGUAGUAGUCUACCUGGGAAGAUCGGUAGUUGUGUGUGGUGUGACCUGAGUGUUCCUGUGAACAGAAGUUCAGUCCCCCCCUCCCUCCUCCCUCCUCCUGUUCAUAGAAACUCCUCUUCUCAGUGAGCGCCGCUUCAGACGCGCACACUCCCGCUUUCCCAGUCGGACACAGACUUCGCAGCAAGUUACUCUACAGCUCAAACUUUCGGUAACUUCUACUGGUUUCGAUACCAUGCUGGAUUAAGCGCACUUGUUUUUGUUCACCAUCCCGAGACGGCUUGUUUUACCCCAAAGCGCAGGUACAAUGCGCGCAUUCUUCAGGAGAUCGACUCAUUAGAAAGAUCAGCUUUCAACAGGGCUGUGGUGAUAGUGAAGAGGACACCGACACUCUAGGACCAUGGAUUUUGGGAACGACGUAGAUCUGUCCAAUGAAAACAUCACCCCGUUAUGGAGACGCCGCACGGACAAUUGCAAAACAGCCCAACUUUCAAGCACACCCAAACCACGGCCCCUCAGUUAUCACACCAAUGGGGUCAUGACGACAGACUUCCCUGUGGAGGAUAACAAGCCCUCUUUCACCUUGAGUCAACCUGCUGAGAGACUGGUGGUUGCACCUCCCUGUUGGGACAAGAACACGGUGGUGCUGAAGCACAUUCUGCACAAACCAUCAAAGAAAACACGAGUUGUUCGGAGCAUUAGCAUCGGGCCUUUCUCUAACGGAUUGUUCUCGCUGUCCAAAUUUAGGUCGGAUGAUAACAAAUCUUCUUCACUGGACAAUAGAGUGUGUAAUGGAGCCUCUGAGAAAGGAAAACGUAGUAAUGGAUUGACAGUUUUCCCUGAGAAGCGUUUCCAGGAUACCCAGAAACGCUUAUCCAGUCUGUUCAGUCUUAACUCACAGAAAGACCAGAUAGCAUUUGGAACCAGUUCCCCAGAGGUUCCUCCCCUCAAUGGUUCUUCUCCUGUACUUGCCCAACACACUCAUAACAACAACUACAACCACCAUGAACUAUCCUCCCUGUCAUCCAUAUCCAGCCCCUCUCCUCCAGCCCAGCGUACCCCCACCCCCUCCCACAGCUCCACUUCCAGCAUCCCCUCCCUCUCAUCUCUGACCUCAUCAGACCCCCCGACCCCACGUUCCCCGUCCCCAGCAGACAGAGGACAAGCACUCCUCAGACAGUCCCCAUCUACGCCUUCCUCCUCACGCGACACCAGGCAUGCCUCAUCCACUUCUUCCCUCUCCUCCACCUCACCCUCUCCCUCACUUUCUCCAACUGUCUCUCCACUCCCCUCCGUCGUCCUCAGCACCCAUAGCCCUGCCGCCUUGAAGAUGGGCACCCAGCAGCUCAUACCCAAGAGUUUGGCAUCUGAUCUUCGCCAGAACAAGACACCUAUGUCUGGGUCACAAGGCCAGGGUUUUUCAGGGCUGCUGGACCAGUCAAAACGAGCAGUGAAAGCUCUAAGUAUGGUGGAAUCAGGGAGCUACUUCUCCACAGGAGGGGGUCAUGGUGAGGGGGCAGAUGGAGAAAAUGAAAGUCCAGGGGCUCUGAGAAGAGGCCUGAGGAGUACGUCUUACAGGAGAGCUGUUGUUAGCGGAGUGGACAUGGAGGUUCCAUCAGUGGAUCCAAAGGCUCAUCGGUUGUCUGAGCCAACUCUCAAAGGGCUUGAUGGGGUUGAUUCAGCUUCACUGGUCUGCCCAGCAAGUCCUGGAACUGCAAGUCCUGGGACAGGCACGUCAUCAAGUCCUGGCACACCCAAACUAGCCACACCUGGGACACCCAAACUAGCCACCCCGGGGACACCCAAACUAGCCACCCCAGUGACACUGAAAGCUACUAGCUUGAUGACACCAAAAGCUACCAGCCCAAGGAUUUCAAAGCCUGCUAGCCCUGGGUCAGAAACACCCACCAGCACUGGGAAAAAGAGUCUAGAUAAGAAGAAAGUUUUGACACCUCAGCGGACGUUUGACAGCGAGGAGGAGGAGCUGUACCAGAACUACCAGGAGAAGGCCUUACAUAACGACUCAGAUGAGGAUGCUGAUUCCAGAGAACCCAAACCUGAUAAUGGCAUUGUUGUGCAGUACAGACCUAUACGCACCUCCUGGAGCCAGCUCAGUGUGGUCAAAAAAAGUGGACUGUCUGAUCGAAUGAACCAGGAGGAGCGCAAGAGACAAGAGGCCAUAUUCGAGGUGAUUUCGUCCGAGCACUCCUACCUCCACAGUCUAGAGAUCCUGAUCCGCAUGUUCAAGAACUCUGCGGAGCUCAGAGAGGCCAUGACCAAGACUGAACACCACCAUCUCUUCUCCAACAUCACCGACGUCUGUGAGGCGAGCAAAAAAUUCUUUAAGGAACUUGAGGAAAGACAUCAACAGAACAUAGUGAUCGAUGACAUCAGCGACAUUGUUUGCAAGCAUGCUCAGUCCAACUUUGAUCCCUUUGUCACGUAUUGCUCCAACGAGGUCUACCAGCAGAGGACCCUGCAGAGGCUGGUGUCCAAGAAUCCAGCUUUUAAGGAGGUGCUGACCAGGAUAGAGGGCCACCCAGACUGCAGGAACCUCCCAAUGAUCUCCUUCCUGAUCCUGCCCAUGCAGAGGAUCACCCGCCUGCCUCUGCUCAUGGAUACCAUCUGUCAAAAGACACCAAAAGACUCAGCACAAUAUGAAGAGUGCAAGAAGGCUUUACAAGCAGUCAGCAAGGUGGUGAGAAAGUGCAAUGAAGGAGCUCGCACCAUGGAGAGAAUAGAGAUGAUGUAUACCAUCAACUCUCAGCUGGAGUUCAAGAUCAAGCCUUUCCCGCUGGUCUCGUCUUCCAGGUGGAUGGUGAAAAGAGGAGAGUUGACAGCUUUUGUAGAAGACAACGGCAUCUUCAUGAAGCGCACGUCGCGGCAGCAGGUGUACUUCUUCCUCUUCAAUGACGUCCUCAUCGUCACCAGGAAGAAGAGUGACGAGAGCUACAAUGUGAUCGACUACGCUCUGAGGGACCAGAUUUGGGUGGGCUCCUGCCAGCCGGAGGAUCUCAACCUGUCACCGGUCAGAAGCACCGCCAGCAUGCUGAGCUCGCGCCAACCUGGUGCCAACCAUCACUUCCGUCUGUGUUUCCGUAGCAACCACUCCGGUGAAAAAGUGCCCAUGAUCCUCGGGACAGAGUCGCUGAAUGAGCGUGCCCGAUGGAUCAGCGCUCUGGGACAGAAUGUCAACAAAGAGAAGAGUCAGGACAGAACCAAUGCCAUGCAGGUGGAGGUGAUCAGAACUUACACAGCCAAGCAGCCAGACGAGUUGUCCCUUCAGGUGGCCGAUGUGGUGCUUGUGUCUCAGACCGUGACAGACGGAUGGUAUGAAGGUGAGCGACUGCGGGACGGAGAGAGAGGUUGGUUCCACGCCGAUUGCGCCGAAGCCAUCACAUGCCAAGCCACCAUUGAGCGCAACAUGCAGAGGAUGGACCGCCUACAGGGGCUGGAGACUAAUGUGUGAGCCGGAUGAGAGACGGUGCUAAAUCCAGGGAAGGCUUUUCUAAGAAUCUUUGACACACCAAGUGACCUUUUUUUUGUGGCGGGGCCUGGCGAAUAAGUUCAGUAGCAGCAUCGGCGACCUGUCAACGGGGACCGAGCUGACCAGCAUGGGAGCAUUCCGAAAUGAAGCUCAGCAUCCCUUGUCUGAGUUUCAAAGCAAACACUGUGCAGAACAAAUACAGUGGAAGAACAGAGACUUCCCUAAUUACUGAUCAGUCCCCGUGUGGGUGGGCUGGCUCGACAGUGGGAUCUGUCACAUUCAUUAAUUCCCCCGGCUGGUUGGAAAACUUCACACCCACAGUCACAGCUUUCAGAUCCUUGCUGCAUAAAAACUGCCAGUGUGGAAUGUGUACAUUUUGAUAACUUGCAGACAUAUUCUCUGGAGUGUAAGUGAUGUGCAAUGUGAUAACUACCACUGUGCCACUGCUGCAUCAGGUAAAGCAGACCAAAUAGUGUGAAAACAACAGCGGCCUGAUGUGUGCUCUGUUAACGAGGUUCGGGCCAUGUAAUUAGGAGCUUUGCCAGGAACAAUGAAACUAUGAAGAUGUUAAUUGGGAAAGCGAUAAGGCUGGAGCGUGGGUUUGGCAGCUGAUUCUGAACAGCGCGUGGGUUAGUGUAGAAAGUUGUAUCAGUGUUUCUGUAGCAUCUGUUCGCAAAUGAAACUAUUAGUGACAUUUACAAGAAAUGGGUGUUUGUUAAAUUGUAAAAAAAGAGAAAUGAAUGCUUCUCUGAAGCCUGUAGCACUUUGUGUAAAUAGGUUGAGUUAUAAUUAUUUAGAUAAUGUAAAGCCAACUUGGUGUGAUAGCAUCACAUUUCAUUCAUGGGCUAAGCAGGAAGGUCAAGUCUCAGCUCUCUACCUGGCUGUUUGUCACCAGUUUUAAUGUCAACACCAUGAAUCAAACUCUACAUUUCCUCCACAAAUAUCAUUUUUCUCUCCAUCCGCUCAAUGAUUUUGACAGUUUGAAAUAUCGUGCACACUUGAUGCCAGCCAGGAGUGUAAUCUAAAUAUCGCUCCAAGGAUUUAUAUCUGUGAUGGUACAGAUGGAAGCUAAAAUUAAUUUUUGUGUGAGUUGAUGGCCCGCCCUGCUUUUAAUGUUAUUGUCCAGUGUGAGUCAUCUUUUAAAUUCAGCCUAAGGAAAUGAAUGGCUUGGUCAGAGCGUGGCCAUCACGCCAUCUAUCAAGCUAAACACAGCUCUGGCACCUGCCCAAGUGUCAAAACCAUAACAGUUGAGCUACAUGAAGCAAAGUAUGACGGUCAGCAGGCAGAGCAGCCGGCAGGAAGGACACCCGACAAAGCUUCACAUUUGCACUCAGGGAAAAUUAGCUGCGAGCAUGAACUGACCUUUAUUUCAAUCACUUUCUGGAACUUGUAACUAUUGUAAAUCAUCGGUGCACAUGUAAAUAUGUAAAACAGCCUGAAUUGUAAUAUGUAUGUUUUCCAAAGUACAGAUUUAUAUUGCAGAAACCUGCUUAGUCAACCUUGUAUUUUAAUCUGACACCAUGAAUAAAAGCUUUAUCCCUUCA